CCAUUUGUUGGUGGAAGCAGAAGCGGCGGCUCGUUCUUUCGUGACGUCUUGCCGGCCCCUGUCUCCAGUCAAUCGCAAGAGAAGACGAGCAAGCCGAGACACACGUUCGAGCGUCUGGGAUGGUGAAGACGCCCCAAGGACUAUUAUUGCUUGCCAAACGUGACUGAGAUAUGGAUAAGAAGAAUCCCACACCUGAAAUAUCGGAUACGAUUUAUUUAAAAUGCGAUGAAACAGAAUGUACACUCUCACUGGGGGUAUCCAUCGGUGCAGCAACUGUGAUCUUCCUGCUGGUCUUGACGAUCCUUAUUCUGUCCAUUUGCCUUUGCCGUGUCUGCAGAAAACUAAAGAAGAGAAAACUGACAGAGGGUAUGGAUAAAGAGGAUGUGGAGGAAGCGGAUUUGCAUUAUGCUGAGCUGCAGAACCUCCCUGUCUCCAGCAGGGAGCAGUGUAAUGGUGGCACGUGCACAGCAGCCCUAGCGGUGGCACCCAACAAUGACUAUGCCACUGUGGCAGAGCUGAAGGGACCCCAGGAAGAGGGCAUCGAUCAGGAGCCAAACCAGGACAACGGUGGGGAUGAUGGGGUGGAGGAGAACCAGCCGUGUGUGGAAAUGGAGUGAGAUUUCAUUGCACUGGAUUGGAGGAAGCGGCAGAGGGACGAGAACUACCUUUUGAUGCAGAUGGAGUAUCUCCGGCGUUAAAAUUCUGCCCCCAGAGGAGAAUUCUGCAACCAGACUGCCGUGCAAUAGGCAGGUUGUGUAUGUUUGUAGGCAUCUUUCUCCUGCCAUCUAGCAAUAAGAGCUGUGUGAAUUUGUGUUUUUGCUUAUCUCCAGGCAGCAUAAGCAAAAGAGCUGCCAUCUUUUCUACGUGUUCAGUUACAGCACCUGUUACGCCCAGCUAUUGUCCAUGUUGCCAGAAGGGGUGAUAGGAAUUCAGCACUAGCACAGUUGAAUAAUACAUGUCGGGCAUUGUCACUAAAACAGUAGACCUAAGAAAAGUUGCUAUUUCAGAUUGCAAAUCCCAGAAUCCCCAAACCAGCCUGGCUCAGGGCCUUGCUGGCUGGAACAUUCCUGGACAUUUAGUAAAUGAGAAUUAAAUGUUUUGCGCACUGCAAAAUGCAGACACUUUUUGAGACUGGUUGCUUUCCAGUUUUCCGGGCCAAAACAAAACAGAAAUAAAAAAAUAAAGGAGACAAAAAUUUUGUGGCACCUUAAAGGAGCCUUAUGGCACAGUGCUUAAGCUGCAAUGCUGCAGUCAAGACCCUGCUCACAACCUGAGUUUGAUUCCAAUAGGCUCAGGUAGCUGGCUUGAAGUUGACUCAGCCUUCCAUCCUUCUGAGGUCAGUAAAUUGAGUACAGUGGUACCUUGCAAGACAACGACUCCGCUGAACAACGAAUCUGCAGAACGAUGACUUUUUGCGAUCGCUAUAACAAUUCGCAAAACAGUCAUC